AUAGUUGCUUGCUGUUGGCUGCUGGCACUGUUAUGUUGUGAAGUGAAAAAUUAAUCCCUCUGGAGCAGAGAAAAGAAAACAGAAGAAGCUGGAAGAAAAGAAAAACAACACUAAGGUUUCCAGUGGAGAUCUGUCAGAUUCUGCUUUUUACCAAAACCCGGUGGAGGCUGUUGGAGGCUUGGUGAAACCCAAAGGCCGGACAGCUUCUUGUUUCGAAUUGAGUCUGCACGGAUUGCGGCGAUGGGUGGUGCUUCAUGACUGAGCAAUGGAUAUAGAGAGCAUGGGCACGUGGCUGAGGGGCUACGGGUCACAGCCCAGCACCAUCUCCCUCAUUACCCAGCAUCCUCUCCAUCAUUGACUUCUGCCUCCUCAAUCAGCUCCAGCAGCCAUUAACACUAAUGUUCUGCAGAGCGGCGGAGAGACUGGACGCUGGACGCAGGAGUGUUCUGACCGCUGUGGCAGGGCAGGGUCCACCGAGACACACUCGGGCCCAUCAGCAGUGCAGAAAAGCAGACCGCUUUCUGGCUGCUGGGAAGUAUGAAGAGGCCAUCUCUUGCCAUAGAAAGGCUGCAGAACUUCUGAAGGAUGCAAUGAAGCUCACAGAAUGUGAACAGGCUCGCCUGUCUCUGGAGCUGCAGAGGGACAGUCAUGUGAAGCAGCAGCGACUGAUCGAGGAGAGGUGGAAGCGGUCCAGGCGAGAGGGCAAGCCAAGAAUUCUCCAGACCACCCUGUCCUCAGAGCAGCCCCCUCACCUCCAGCCCGGUGCCUCUGCUUCUCCUGGCCUAGCUGCCAGUUCAGACCGUGAACGUGAGUACGACACUUGGCUGUACCUGCUGAAGAACAAGAGCCCCCACCAGGAGCCGUGCCCCGGCAGCAAGGCCCACAAAGACGACAAGACGCGGCUGGAGGAACAGCAGACCACCAUUGAUGACUUGCGGCGUUUGGUGGACCGGCUGGUGGGUGAGAAUGAGCAGCUCACUCGGGACAACGAAAGGUUGCGGGCGGAAAACUCCCGGCUGCGCAAAGAGCCAUACGCUGAUGCUGACUUUGUGGAGAAGUCGGAGCUUUGGGUGCUGCCGCACGCGGCCGAGGAGCGCAAGGCUAAGGACAUUCCCAUCCCGCACCUGCCGCCACUAGAGAUGCCUCAGGAGAUCCCUCUGGAGGACCUGCCUGCUCUGGAGCUGCCUGAGGACAUCCAGCAGGAGCUUCAAGAGCUGCUAGAUGGAGAGAAGCUCUAGGCACCUGCCCGUUCACUUGCCAAAGGGAGACGAUCGUGCUGUCUGUCAGAAGUUUGCAGACAGGGAAAUUUAGUGAAUUUCUGGCCUGCACAGUGGCAUAGCUCUAGAUGGCAUAAAUGGCUUGUGUUAAGCCAUCAGAUGCUUUAUUGUUUUUUUUUGUUUGUUUUUUUUUCUCUCUCUUUAAUGAUCCCCCUCCUUUCCCUUCCAAGGUACUGCAGCUAUUUGAUAUAAGAUGAAACAAACUAAAAACAUUAUGAACUCAUUUUGCAAGACUUGUGCCUUUUUAAAUAUUUCUAUGGUGUAAUUAAGUCCUAUGAGAUAAAAGAAAAAAAGGGACUGAUGACUGAUGACAAGAAUAUAUGUUGCUUUGUGGAAGCUUGAUUGUAAAAAAAAAAAAAAGUGCUGGAAGCGCUCGACUGAUUUGUUCAGACUGGCAUUCGUCAGGAAUAAACUAGGGGCUUUCAGAGACCCCCUGUUUAAAAUGCAAAAGAUAUUUUUUUCUCCCCACACAGACACAGACAGUGAGCACUGUGAACUACAUCAGAAAGUGUGUGUGUGUUAGAAUGAGAUACAGAGUGUGUGUGAUUGCGUGUUUGUGUGGUUUCCUGACUUGUUGCAAAUUGUGAAAAUUGUAAACGUGGAGUUUCAUUGCCUCUGUUUGUGUCCUGUCAUUUCCAGUGUCCACCUGAGAAACAGCUACAGGAUGAUUUUUUUCAGUAGUCUGUCCUGUGGAGACCAGUGUCUUAAAGCUGGACGUCUUCUGUGCAGUUAUAGUCUUAGUUAUGAAUUUGACACACACAUUUUAUCCAGCUUCACACAAAACCUGCUUGUGAAGAAUUUCCCCACCACAAAAAAUGUUGUGUUGAUUUCUGGAACCAAUAAAAACAAAUUGACAAACAACCAUCUACCAACUAACCAAUCAAGCAAUAACAUGAUACAGUCUCCAGUUACGCAAGGAAGCGCAGUCAUUCAUCAUAAAGGGGGCUUUCCAAUGCAUUUUUUUGUCCGUGUGUCUUUAUUGUAACUUAGUCAUUUUGUGGCGUUUUGGAAUCGCAGUAGCUGCACAAAUCUCUAGUCUCAGUUCCACAGCCACGUCGAAAUGGAAAUGGAAGAAACUGAAGCCUUUCCCAACUGUCCAAGUCAGGAUAUUUGCGAACUAUCUCAAACAUAAAGUUGUUUUAAUAUAAUAUAUAUAAAUAUUUUGUUUGUUUUUUGUUUUUCUGAUGCCUAAUUUGUACUGUAAUCAAUCAACAAUUGAUUGUUUUGAUCACACAGUUAAUAUUUUUCAGGUAACUGUGUGUUUUUACUUUGAAUAUGCAGGAUGAGUGAGUGCAUACACAAUCACACAGCAUAUAACAAUGUCAGGUUACGCUACAUCACACUAAUCGAGAGUAAUUUAACUAGUGCCACAUGCGAGAGAGAACAAGGAGUGCUUCAUGUUUAGUUUUAUUUUAUUUUUUUAAUGUGAUGCAGAGAUGAUCUGAAAUGAAUCAUAUUUGUGUCACGAAGAGGGAACCAAAUCCACUUUUUUUAAUUUAAUGUUGAAAUUGAAUUCUUGGUUUACAGCAGUAAUCAGGGUGCAUCUGAAUUGUUUUCUCUUCCAUUUUGUUUGUUUCUGUGUGAUGUAAAAAUCUUCAAGAAUCAUAUGAUGAAAGUGUAACUUUUUUGUUUCAUGCAUGAAUGGCAGUUGUAGCUAUAAGUAUAUGAUGGAUAAGAUAUUAAAAUGAGGAUUUAUGUCACGGC